AUCAUCUACACAGUAGGCCUCGCUCCUAUGCGGGAUUUGAACUGACUGUGACAUAGGCAAGUGAGGCAACCGACUUUCCCCAUCCCGCUCAUACUAGCACUCAAGCAUUCAACUGCCGUCGUAGACGGUAAGCAGCCCAGUCGACGAUGGCGGACGAGGAAGAUGCGCAAUUUGAGGAGCUGCUACACGAGUUUGCGCUCGAGUACCGGAGACGGACGCGGAGUCUCGAGGCGCACAUGGACGCGGCCAAGAGGAAGCUCGAGUCUGAGAUGGGUGGGCUCCGGGAGGCCAUGAACGUGCGGCACAUGCCCGUCUCGUCCCGGCUCAAGGACGAAGCCAAGGCGCUGAGGACGCUUCGGCGGCGGCAGGAGGACCGCAAGCAGCUGCGAAGCCUGAGGGAGAUGGUCGAGGCGCGCGGCUUCGAAACGUGGGAGCAGUACUGCAGGGAAUGGGGCAUGGCAGACAAGGUGCACGAGUCGGAGCCCUUCGAGUCCGUGGAGCAGAUGUUUGCCGCCAUGCACGAUCUGGCCGGCAUCCGUGUGUCCAUCUACUUCCCGACCGACGUGCAAAAGGUGGUGGACUUCCUGCGCGAGCAUUUCCGCAUCGUCGAGGGGCCCAGCCAGAAGGGCGGGCUCGCGCGCGACCUGCAGAAGGUGCGCAGGCUUGUGGAGCGCCAGCGCCAGAUAGACAGCGCGGCGGCCGAGGAAGAGGCGCCGGGCGCGCAAGAGGCCCAAGCCGGUCCGGUUCCGGGUCCGGGCCUCGACCUGACGUUUUCCGGGUACCGGGCCACGCACGUGGUGAUUUGCCACAAGAGUCUCGACUUCGACCAGCACGCGCGCGGCGAGGACGUGGUCAACAUCGAGGUGCAGAUCGGCAGCAUCAUCAUGCACGCCUGGUCCGACAUCGAGCACGACAUCCUGUACAAGCCGUCGGCGACGGGCGAGCCGUCGGCCGACGUGGUGCGCAUGCUGGACCUGAUCAACGGUAUCGUCAUGACGGGCGAGGUGGCGCUGCAGCAGCUGGCGUCGGUGGCGGCCGCCGAGACGGCGCGCCAGGCCGAGGACCGCCGGAAGACGGCGGUCGACUGGCCGUACAUGUUGCCGUGGUUCGACAAGUACUUUGCCGACCGCAACAUCUUCGUGCCGCCGCGCAAGAACCAGUGGAUGACGCCGCAGUACCUGUUCCAGGUGCUGCGGGCCACUGACGAGCACACGUACGGCCGGGUCGAGGAGCUGCUGGACAGCAUGGGCGCCAAGCCCGAGGAGCACCUGUCGGUCUUGCUGCUGCAGCACAUCGGCCGGGACACGUUCCCGUUCCAGGACCUGCCGUCGAGUGGGCUGCCCCUACAGUAUGCCACUACAUGGAACGCCCGCUACUGGGCCACGUGCCUCGUCAACACGUUCAACCUAGCCAGCUUCAUGAAUUCAUUUCCGUCCAUGUACUGGACCAUCACGCAGCGCUGGAAUGACGAGGAGAACAAGCAGGUGUACCCGUACCGCCCGACCUUCGCCGAGUUUCUCGACAUCCUGCACCCGACCAAGCCCCAGCGUAAGAUCGACCGUGAGCCCUGGAUGAUCCUCUUCUGCAAGCGGAUCCUGAGCACGACCUGUAAGGCGCUGGUCUCUUCCUACUCUUCCGCCCUUUCCUUUUCCUAGCUUCAUGGAGUUACUCCGUGCUUACCUAGUGUACCUAC